GUUCAGUAGAAAUGUGUGACAAAACAAAAAUGUAUUAUUUUUAUCAUUGGUCGUUAUUUAUUUUGUAGAACAAAUCGUGAAAAUCUCAAUUUUUGAUAAAUACUAACGAGCAGAUUGUGGGCGUGUAAAGGGGUCUGCGGGGUCCCGCCUCCGCAGUUGAUCUCCGUUAAACCCCCAGAGCCGGUGCAGGAGCGGCGCUCCGACAUUCCCCCGCUUCUCGUCGCGAUGUUGCUGCUGUGGGUGUUGGUUCUCCCGGCGCUCGCCGCCGCCGCUCUCCCGCGCUUCUGCGGUCCCUGUGACCCGAGCUCCUGCGCCCCGCUGCCGCCCGCGGGCUGCGCUUUCCGCGUGCCGGACCCGUGCGGCUGCUGCGAGCUGUGCGCCGCCGGACCGGGAGAGCAGUGCGGUGCGCGCGGCUCCGCGGCUCCACGGUGCGCCCCAGGAUUCGAGUGCGUCCGAGCGACACGGGGACACGAGGACAAGAAAAACCCGAAGAACAAGAAGAAGAACGAGCUCGGCGUGUGCGCGUGCAAAAACGGCGAUUACGCGGUGUGCGGCUCGGACGGUGUGGAGUACCGGAGCGUGUGCGAGCUGAAAGCGGCCAGCGUGUCCGCCGAGCGCCUCCACAAACCCGCCGUGACCGUACACAACAAGGGCAAGUGUGCCAAAGCUCCUGUAAUCAUUACGGGUCCGGGUCAGGUCUGGAACGUCACCGGUGCUCAGGUCUUCCUCAGCUGCGAGGCCAUCGGCCUUCCCACACCGGUGCUCAGCUGGAGAAAGAUCUCAGACGAUAACAAGUCCGAGCUGCUCCCCGGAGACCAAGACAACCUCGCCAUCCAAAUGAGGGGAGGCCCGGAGAAGCACGAGGUCACCGGAUGGGUGCUGAUCUUUCCACUGACCAAGAAUACAGCGGGAACAUACGAGUGUCACGUCAGCAACGCCCACGGUGAAGCUUCAGCCACGGGCGCCAUCCACAUCGUCAACUCCAUCGACGAAAUUCCUGACAAAAAGGUGGUCAAGGACGACGAGCUGUGAGGACGGUGUGUUCACCCCCUGAUGACACCUCCUGCAAGAUCAGGACUCAGAUGGGACAGAGAACAUGUAGACACUGUACAACACACACACACACACACACACACACACACACACACCUCCUUGUGACACACUAACAGCACCCAGACAUGAUAGGCAUACUAGCCACUGUACUUUAUCUGCACACCUCAAACCCACACAGAUACACACACACACACACACACACACUUCUAACACACCACAGCAGGAGAUAGAGAUGGAGAUAGAUCACAUCCCCAGGUUCAUGUUUUUUAUGUCUUUUGAUAAAAUCUGUGUGUAUUUCCGUAGUAUUCGUCGUGUACAUCACGUACUCGCAACAUUCGAGUGUUUUGGUGACCAGCAUCUCCAGAAAAGAAGAAUGUGUGUGUACUGAGUUUCGGAACUGAUGCUGAUGUUAGAGGAUUUGUGAAAGAGAAGUGUGUGUGAGAGAGAAAGAGAGGCGGCUUAAAAGCAAAAUGUAUUCUUUUAAAUGUUUUCUAUCAGUGUACACGGUCAACUUUUUAUUUUCACUUACAAAUAAAGAAUUUAUGAUCGAUUCUC